AUGAAAGACACUGAGUUGUCUGAGGUCGUCUCACCUACAUAUUCUGCGGAUGCCGAGAAGCAAAUGGCUGCCGUGGCAGUCAAGCGUGAUGUGGAUAAAUUCCGGAAUUCAAAGAAUUUGGUCAUCAGAAAGACAGAAAUUCUUGCUGCCCAAUAUGAUAGAUGGUACUACCAUGUUCUGUUGUUGUUAUCUGCAUUCAUCUGUGGAUACGGCUAUGGCUUAGACGGGAAUAUUCGUUACAUAUACACUGGUUAUGCCACAAAUUCUUACGGUGAGCAUUCUUUACUGUCGACUGUUAAUGUUAUCAAUGCAGUUAUAAGCGCAGCGUCACAAAUUCUCUAUGCUAGAUUAUCCGACGUGUUUGGUAGAUUACCUUUGUUUAUCACUGCUGUUGUUUUUUAUGUAGUGGGAACAGUAAUUCAAAGUCAGGCCUAUGAUGUGCAAAGAUACGCCGCCGGAGCCGUUUUUUAUAACGCAGGAUACGUUGGUGUGAUCCUUAUUUUAUUACUGAUUUUAUCUGACUUCUCCUCGUUGAAGUGGAGAUUGCUCUAUCAAUUUGCACCAACAUGGCCCUUUAUCAUCAAUACCUGGAUUUCUGGUAAUAUCACUUCGAGGGCAGACCCAUCCGAAAACUGGUCGUGGGACGUGGGAAUGUGGGCCUUUAUAUUUCCCUUAAGUUGUUUACCAUUAGUGCUGUGUAUGGUUCAUAUGAGGAUAAAGGCAAGAAAGUCAGAAGAAUGGGUAAUGCUGAAGGAUGAAAAGUCUUUCUUUCAAGAACAUGGAUUGAUUAAAUUAUUGAAAGAACUUUUCUGGAAACUUGACCUGAUUGGAGUCUUUUUCAUGACAUUAUCACUUGGCUGUAUUUUAGCGCCACUGACACUAGCGGGAGGUGUUAGCUCUCAGUGGAAUAACUCUCAUGUUAUAGGUCCCUUCGUCCUAGGAUGGGUUCUUCUUUUGAUUUUGAUUUAUUGGGAAUAUAGGUGGGCAAGAGACCCUUUAAUACCAUACGAUUUAGUUAAGGAUCGUGCUGUCUGGUCUGCAAUGGCUAUCUCGUUUCUGAUAGAUUUCAUAUUUUACAUGGCAUCUGAUUAUCUGUAUACGGUUCUGUUGGUGGCCGUUAACGAGUCUGUGAAAUCGGCAACCAGAAUAAGCUCGCUUUCCUCAUUUGUGUCUACUGUUAGUUCGCCAUUCUUUGCACUCUGGAUAACAAGAUGUACAAGACUAAAGCCAUAUAUCAUAGCCGGAUGCGGUCUAUGGAUGGUUGGGAUGGGGUUGCUAUAUCAUUUUAGAGGUGGUGAGGGUUCUCAUUCAGGUAUCAUUGGGGGUCUAUGCGUGUGGGGUGUUGGCACGACGUUAUUUACUUAUCCUGUUAAUGUUUCGGUUCAAUCAGCAACUUCUCAUGAGCAUAUGGCCACAGUUACGUCACUGAACUACACUCUAUAUCGUAUUGGAUCCGCUGUUGGCGCCGCUGUCUCCGGAGCUAUCUGGACUCAACGCUUAUACAAGGAACUUUUACGAAACAUAGGCGAUGCCACAUUAGCAGCAAAUGCAUAUGCUCAACCCUACACUUUCAUAGUGAGCUAUCCCUGGGGCACACCCGUUAGAGAGGCUGUGGUCAAGUCAUAUAUGAACGUUCAAAGAUUAGAAACCAUGGUUGCGUUGAUAUUUACAGCGCCAUUACUUUUCUUCUCCUUGUGCCUGAGAGAUACCAAACUCACAAACAAAGUUGCUCAUGAAAAUCUCAAAGAAGGAGAAUACAUCGAUAUUGAAGAUGAUGAUCCAAUUGCAUCAUGGUUCACUUCUAAGUGGAGUAAGGUGAGGUCCAAGAAAGAAAAUUAA